UCUCAUAUUUUACCAUGACUUCUCGUCCUUCUCUUCCUCUCACCUUAUUUUCUGCAUCCAAGUUUGCUGGGACGAGGGCUUUCCAGAAUAAAGGCGUCGUGGAAGUCAUGGUAAAGAAGAGAGAUUUCAGCCCGAACAAAAAGCCUAACUAGUCACGCUCAGGUUUUACACAGCUGUGACAAGUGUGCAUUCGUGAAAAACAAGUAUUUGCUGGCCUCCGAACUCGCCAUGGUUGCGGCGAACCACUUAUUUCCCUCUGUCCAAGCGUCUCGCAAAUUCAAAACAAUCGACGUUGCGGUGGAGAAUCGAGACAAUGUGGAGAUCAGAACAAUAAGAGAUUUCAGUAGUUUGGACCCUGCUGUUAGCGACGUGGAGAGAACGAUGAUGCAUCAGUUUUCCGUAUUUAUGCACUUAUUGUGGAAGUACAAUCUUAUAUCAGAACUAAAUAAUGUACUUGAAGGACCAAAACUGUCCGAAGAGAAGCAGGGUCCAGGUGACUGGAAGCGACUUUCCUUCGCCCAUAUAAGAGCAGCCCUUGUCAAAGUGUUCUCUCACGCAAAGCAACCGUUGCAGCUGAAUCAUCGUGCCCCCUUUAAGAGACCAUUUUCGAUGCAAGAUUUGUCUGGGCUUUCAUCUCACACCCGAGCCAUAAAGGCACCUAGGGCAAAUUCCAGCAAUAGUAUAGUACCUGGUACUCACAAGUAGUUUAGGUAGUCUCUCUCUCCUUACCAUUUAACGGUGCGCGACGAUUAUUGGUGGUCCUUAGUCGGGGUUUGUAGAAGUGUUGCCCACAUACUAGUCGCAAGGACAAGUACACUAUUAGAAGCAUUCUGUCUCUCUCUGUACAAAUGUACUUCUAACACUAUUCAAUAGAGGGGCAACGUUGUUAUUGAGAGGCCGGAC